AUGUUCUGUUCAUGUAGAUUGAGCCCUCUGAGGCUAUUCCUCCAGGGCGUGUCGCAAACGCUCGUCCCAGAGCCUGCCGUCGCAGCAAGGCUCCCACAGCACCUCAAAACCUCCCAAGCUUUGCGGGUCGUCCAGAAGUCGACGUUCGCAACCUCUGCUGCCUACCCCAGAAACCAAAGUCGGAAACCCUCCGGCAGAGAAGAAAACGGAGCGGCGAAGAGACAACGAGCAACGAGGGACAGGGAGGAAAGGGACGGCCUCGCCGGCGAGGACGACCCCGAAGGCGGCGCGAAACCGAAGCGGGAGCCCUGGCAAAUCCAGAAAGAGGCCCUGAAGAAGAAGUUCCCCGGCGGCUGGAACCCGCGCAAGCGCCUGUCGCCGGACGCCAUCGCGGGCAUCAAGGCGCUGCACGCGCAGUUCCCCGAGGAGUACACGCUCCCGACGCUCGCCGACAAGUUCGAGGUGUCGCCCGAGGCCAUCCGGCGCAUCCUCAAGAGCAAAUGGCAGGCGUCGCCCGAGGAGGAGGAGCACCGGCAGGAGCGCUGGUUCCGGCGCGGCGUCAACGUGUGGUCGCGCUACGCCGAGCUGGGCAUGAAGCCGCCCACCAAGUGGCGCCGCGAGGGCGUCACGCGUGACCCAUCAUACCACGAGAACCGCAAGGCAGCGAUCGAAAGGAGGAAGCGGGAGGAGGCGGAGGAGGAUGCGGCCGAGAGAUUGCAGCGGAAGCUGUCUGAUACCAUCUUGUGA